AUGGGCGGUUGGGCAAUAGCGGUGCACGGCGGCGCUGGUGUGGAUCCGAACCUCCCCAAAGAGCGUCAGGAAGAAGCCAAGCAACUCCUCACUCGCUGCCUCAACAUCGGCAUCUCCGCCCUUCAAUCCUCCCUCUCUGCCAUUGACGUCGUCGAGCUCGUCGUACGAGAAUUAGAAACCGAUCCCCUGUUCAAUUCGGGACGUGGAUCUGCACUCACCGAGAAAGGAACGGUUGAGAUGGAGGCGAGCAUCAUGGAUGGCUGCGGCCGGCGAUGCGGCGCCGUUUCCGGCAUCACCACCGUGAAAAACCCCAUCUCCCUCGCCCGACUCGUCAUGGACAAAUCCCCUCAUUCCUACCUAGCUUUCUCUGGCGCCGAGGAAUUUGCGAAAAAACAGGGUGUAGAGAUGGUUGACAAUGAUUACUUCAUCACUGAGGACAACGUCGGCAUGCUGAAAUUAGCCAAAGAAGCCAACUCCAUUCUCUUUGACUACAGGAUCCCACUGGAGUCUUGCGCGUCUUUGGUGGAGAAGCCUAUCCAGAUGAACGGGCUCCCAAUCAGCGUGUACGCGCCGGAGACAGUGGGGUGCGUGGUGGUGGACAGCCAAGGGCGGUGUGCGGCUGCCACCUCGACAGGCGGACUGAUGAACAAGAUGAUGGGCAGGAUAGGGGACUCGCCCCUGAUAGGGUCAGGUACGUAUGCAGGUAACUUGUGCGGGGUGUCGUGCACUGGGGAAGGUGAGGCUAUCAUCCGUGGGACUCUUGCCCGUGAUGUGGCGGCCGUGAUGGAGUACAAAGGGCUCAGCCUCCAGGAGGCGGUGGACUAUGUGAUCCAGACCCGUUUGGACGAUGGGGGAAAGGCCGGCAUGAUUGCGGUGUCGAAUACGGGUGAGGUGGCCUACGGGUUUAAUUCGGUGGGGAUGUUCAGGGGCUGUGCUACUGAGGAUGGGUUCAUGGAGGUUGGUAUUUGGGACUAG